CCCGAUGAUGUCUAUUUACAGCAUGGAACUGCGCACGCUUAUACAUGAAUGUCUAAUCAUAAAUCCAUAUCGACGUCCGGCCCCUCCCGAAGUCUUCAGGAGAACUCAACAGGCUGUUGGGAUAACAAAUGUGAAGAGUGGGCUAAAUGCAGGACCUCAAAAUACAGUCUUUGCACCAUAUACUGAUCCUGUACUCUCAGCAAGAUGGUAUUCUGGGCAGAUUCACAACAAUCUUACUGCCCAAUCGUCACCGACUACGCCGAAACAAAUCGCGGCCGCAGACAUACUUCACAAUGAAAAAAUCAAUCUAGAGAGAGAAAAGUUGAAGCGAGGAGCUUCCCAGGUACGAGUAUCGAAUAUACCUCCUCCGCCACCAUAUAUACAAAACAUUGCUCCCACUACUCCAACCCCGGCACCAAAAACUACUCCAAGCUCUGGUCUAUCUCCUAUCCCAGCAACAAACACACCCUCGAUGGAAAACCCACCCAGCUCUGCUUCAGUAAUCCGUCGAUUUGUACUGCACAACAUAACACAAGUGACAUGCAUAGUCCAGUCGAAGAACUUCUUCGGCACGCAUCUAUUCAAAUCCUAUACAAUCAAAAACGUCACCCCCGAAACUUUGGUUCUGACUAGCAAAGAGUUCUUAGCAGAUAUGGGAUGUGAAAUUCCGCGUGAUAAGCAGAUAUGGAUGUUAGGAAGGACUUUGAUGGCCGAUUUUGUGAAGCUGGGAGAGUUUGAGAAGCUGGCAAAUGGGAGGGGCAUUGUGAGGAUUUCUUCGAAGUAGCUUUGCUGUUACUUGUAAUGAUUUUCUGGGGGGGAUUCUUAGAUACUGGGAGCUCGUAAUAUUGGUGUAUAUCAGUCAUGGAAGAAUACAAUUGUGC